GCCUUUUUUCCGAAACAUUUUCAAGAUGGCUACUUUUCGUGGUGCACGCAUUUUGUCUUCUCUUGGUUGCAAAAGCAUUAAUAUUGGAAGACUACAUCAAAAAAGACUCACUUCUCUCGCUUUACCAGCACUAGUUCAGUGCAAUCUAAAAAUAUCUCGACGCUUAAAUGAUAUGGGUGCACUUCCUGUAAAUAAAUAUGACCUAAAAGGUAUUGGUUUGACAACAGUAUCGUCUGCGUUGUUUUCAACUGAAUCGUUUGAAGCAUUGGCUGAUGAAGCUUCAAAUGAUAUACAAGAUGAUGAUUGCGAAACUGGAAUGGAAAGAAAAUGGCCAUCCCCAAUUAGUCAAGUAGCAAGAAAGAAUCAUAAUUCUGCAUUUGUUGGAGGCUAUGCUCUUGACUUUGAUAAAAUUUCAUCUGUUUUAUCUCAAUUUGGAGAAAUAAAAUCUGUACGAGUACCCCUGAGAAGUCUUUAUGAAUCAAACCCAGAUAAUACUGAAGCUUACAGAUAUGCUUUUGUUGAUUUUGCCAGUGCUGAAGGUCUCAGUAAGGCACUAACUGCAGGUUCUUUAACUUUGGGUGACAAAACCAUUGAAAUUAAAGCACAAUCUAAAAGUAGGCAAAAUUUGGAAAAUGACCGAACUUUUAUUGUUGAUAAAUUACCAUGCACAAUAACAGUGAAUGAAAUAAAUAAAUAUUUUAGUUCGUUUGGUAAUGUUGCCUUGGUUAAUUUAGUAUUAAAUUCAAUGACUGAAAGAAAAGAUAUGGGACAGAUAUCUGAAUAUCCAAGAAAUUAUGCGUUUAUUGUUUUCGAUUCCGCUUCUGAUGUAACGUCGCUUCAUGAAAAGGAACAUACUUUACAGCAACAAUCUGUGACUGUGUCAAAAGUUAAUAAGAAGACCAGAUUGCAACGAAGAGAUCGAUGCAGGAAAAUUCUUUUAGAAGGAAUCGGUGAAAGUUUUGAUGAAAACAAAAUCCAGAAUUUUUUUAACGAAAUUGCACCAGUCAAAGACGUCUCGAUUUUACGUGAUAGAGAAACAGGCUUGCAAAGAGGACUGGCAAUUGUUUUCUUUGAAGAUAAAGAUGGAGCUAUUUCAGCAUCACAAGAAGAUUCAUAUGAAAUUGAUGGAUGCAAUAUAAAAGUAAAAGCUCUUGGAUUAGUAAAUGAGUGAUGUGGAUGAGUGACGAGUUAUCUUGCAGUGUAUCUUUUAAGUAUUUCUUUCUAAAAAUUUAAAAAAAAUUUGCUGUUUUUUUUUUU